AUGGUCUAUUAUUUCGCAGAUAGAGAUUGACAACGACUAUGGACAGCCCUGUCCAGCCUAACGACCGCCCACAAGAGGGACAUCAGUACAGUAGCAUUCAAAUCUAUGGAGAAAACCGAGUCCACCUGGGAGAUAAUAACGUUCAUCAUCACCAUUAUUACUCUCGAGAUGUUAUCGAAGAUGCUCAAAUCAGCUUACCGGACAAAAGAAAACCGAAAAGAGCAUGGAUGGUUCCGUUUUUACGAAACCAUAAGUUUGUGGGCCGUGAUGAGGAAAUCACCACCUUAAAAGAAUUUAUUCUGAAGGAUCACGGCCAAAAAAAGAUCGCUAUUUCAGGUCUAGGAGGAGUCGGCAAGACUCAGAUUGCACUUGAAGUAGCUUACUAUGUGCGAGAUCAUGACAGUGAUCGCUCGGUAUUUUGGAUUCCAUGUAUCAGCCUGGAAAGUUUAGAGCAGGCAUACAUGAGCAUUGCUCAAUAUCUGGCACUCUUGAAUGUUAGUCCGGCGGAUGUUAAAACGCGAGUCAAGUCGCAUUUAAGCCAGGAGGAUGCAGGAAAAUGGCUGCUUAUCUAUGAUAACGCAGACGACCUGGAUUUGUGGAUUCAUGGAAACGGCACAGUUCCAGCAUUAAAAGAUAUGCUUCCACAAAGUGAUUAUGGACGGAUCAUUUUUACGACGCGAACACAAAAAUUGGCCAAUAGACUGGCGCCGUCGAAUUUCAUUUCCGUCCCAGAAAUGAAUAAAGCAAUGGCUAAGGAACUUUUACAAAAUCUCAUUCAAAAGGAAAUCGACGAUAACGACACAAUCACAACACUUCUUGAGGAGCUGACAUUUCUCCCUUUAGCGAUCGCCCAAGCGGCAGCCUACAUCAAUGAAAAUCAAAUUGGGGUUUCUGAUUACUUAGCGCUGCUACAGGAACAAGAGCAAGAUAUCAUAGAAAUAUUAAGUGAACACUUUGCGGACGAUGGGCGCUAUUCUGAUACCCAGAAUGCUGUCGCCACGACAUGGCUAGUAUCAUUCCGCCAGAUUCAGAAACUCAAUUCAUUUGCGGUAGACUACUUAUCAUUUAUGGCUUGUUUGAAUCCGCGUGAUAUUCCACUUUCGCUUUUACCGCCAGCAGCGUCUCAGAAGGAAAAAAUAGACACACUUGGUCUUUUGAAUUCUUAUUCCUUUACUACUAAACAAGAAAAUGAAUCUCUUACUCUCCAUCGACUGGUUCAUCUUGCGACUCGGAAUUGGAUGAGACAGGAUGGCCGGCUUCAAUUAUGGACAUAUAAAACUGCAGAUCGAUUGAAUGAGUUAUUUCUACAUAAUGCGCAUGCAUAUCAGAAGGUACGACAGGACUAUCUACCUCAUGCUAUAUUUCUUAUAUUUGGAGCCGAGUUUCAAAUGAAAAGAGCCGAGUAUUUUGGCUUAAUCCACAGAGUUGGUAGCUGCCUUUUGAGUGGUGGAAGAUAUAAGGAAGCAGAGGUCUUAUAUAAUGACGUGAAAAAUAUUUGUAAACUGAGGUUCACGGCGGAGCAUCCUGAUACUCUUGGCAGCAUAAGGAACCUCGCUGUAGUUUACUCAAAACAAGGAAGAUGGAAGGAAGCUGAAGAGCUUGAAUUGCAGGUAAUGGAAACACGUAAACAGGUGCUUGGGGCAGAGCAUCCUGACACUCUGAUCAGCAUGGACCAUCUCGCACAAUAUAUUAGCCACCAAGGACGGUGGAAGGAUGCUGAAGAACUUGAAUUGCAGGUAGUGCAGACUCGCAAAAAGGUGCUGGGAGCAGAGCAUCCUCAUACUCUUACCAGUAUGGGCAAUCUUGCAUUAAUGUGCCAAUACCAAGGACAUUUGGAGAAAGCUGAAAAGCUUCAGGUGGAGAUAUUCCAGAUCAGCAAGAAGAUCUUUGGAGAAGAGAAUCCCCAUACUCUGACUAGUAUGGGCAACCUUGCGUCGACAUACUGCCGUCAACAACGAUGGAAGGAAGCACAAGAUCUUCUAGCAGAGGAAUCAAAGCUACUCUUACAGCUACUCGGAGCAGAGCAUCCUGAUACUCUAAUCAGUAUGAAUAACCUCGCAUUAACAUACUUUGAUCAGGGACGACUGAGAGAAGCUGAAGAGCUUGAAAUACAAAUAAUGGAAACCCGCAAGCGGAUUCUCGGGGCAGAUCAUCCUCACACUCUGACCAGCAUGGAAAACCUCGCUGUUACAUGGAAAGCACUUGGCAAAGAUGAAGAUGCUAUUUCUUUAUUGGCUAAUUGUACUCAACUACGUAUUCAGAAAUUAGGCCCUGAACACCCAGACACAGUAUCCGCAAGAGUACAUCUUGCCAAGUGGCAAGAGAUCAAUAGCCGCCCCAGAAGGAUCGAUGGCUUAUUCAAGAUUUUCCGUAGACAUUGA